CUUCUCUCAUGAUACUGCUAUGAUAUGCUGCUGUAUUCUGCUGUCGCUCCCCAGCUGGAGUUCUGGUUCCGAUACACAAACUUGAAUCCGUGUGCGACCAAUCCAUGCGUGAAUAGUGGGAAGUGCAUGCUGGAGCGAGGACACUUCCUGUGUCUGUGCCCACCCCGUUACCACGGCAGCACCUGCCACUUGGAAGUUUUGUCGUGCGGCUAUAGAAACGGCGGCUGCCUGCAGUACUGCACAGACCUGCCAGGGGGCACUGGUGUUCAGUGUGGAUGUGCUGAAGGUUUCCAGCUGGAUUCUGAUGGACAAAGCUGCUCCAAGACAGGUUCCGCCCACAUCUGUGACAUCAUUUCCUGUGGCGAACAUACAGACACACUAUGGUUUGUCUUCUGCACGCGCUCAGUGGCGUUUCCCUGCGGUGUCCAGCAGCCGGCAGCAUUGCAGCGAGGACGUUCCCUCUUGAGGCUCUCUGAUAAUACCAACGACACUGUGGAAACUGACACCAUCUUGGAGGAUGCCAAUUUCACCGCAGAUAUGGGCGCCUUCUUGGACGACACCAUUGUCACCAUGGAAACAGACGCUAUCUUGGACGACACCAACGUCACCGUGGUAAUGGAUGACAUCUUAGAUGAUGACCACGCCAUCCGCUUCAAUUGGACUCACAAUGCCGACCAGCUACGCAACCCUCGCAUUGUUGGGGGAGCCCUGGCGAGACCGGGAGGAAGUCCCUGGCAGGUUCUCAUCCGCCGUGCAGAUGGUCACGGUUUCUGCGGAGGAACAUUGGUGUCCGACCGCUGGGUGGUCUCAGCUGCGCACUGCUUCCAGCAAACUGCCCACCACGUCACCAUAGGCGACUACGACAAGCAGCGUCGUGAUCCUGGCGAGCAAAGAAUUUCGGUCGAGCAGGUUGUGCUUCAUCCUCACUUCCAUGAGUUCACUAUGGACUCCGAUGUGGCUCUGCUCUACCUGGCCCGGCCCAUCGUCAGGGGGCCCACCGCCAUCCCUGCUUGCCUGCCGGAUCCCCACCUGUCAAAAUACCUGCUCAAGGAGGACAACCGGGGCCUGGUGACAGGAUGGGGGGCCACCCAGUACCUGCGCCGAUCCUCCCGAUUCCUCAGGAAGGUGGCGCUCCCGGUGGUCAAACACCGCACCUGCACACAGUCUACGGAGCAGGUGAUCACAGACAACAUGUUCUGCGCAGGCUACGUGGAUGCCGGCAUGGACGCUUGCAGCGGGGACAGCGGCGGUCCCUUCGUGGUCCACUACCGGGGAACCUGGUACCUGACGGGCGUGGUCAGUUGGGGUGAGGGCUGCGCUGCCAGCGGCAAAUAUGGCGUGUUCGCACGUCUUGGAAACUUUCUGACCUGGAUUAGGACCACAAUGGACAGGGUGGACCGGAAUGCAACGCGCAGUUGAGCCUUCUCUUCUUUUAAUGGAUGGAUGGAAGAAGUGGGCCAGGUCAAGUGUGGAUGUGUGUACAGUGAACUACCUAUUGCAGUAUUUUAGUAAUUUUUAUAUGACUGUAAUUACAGUAACAGGGUUGCGAAUCAAUGUGAAUGUUAACGUUUUUGCUCAAGCGUACAUGCUAGCUUUGUUAGCUGCUAUGUUAACUAGUCAAGAACAAACUUAGUUGCAACAUGUAAUAUAUAUAUUAUGUAAUAUAAAAAAAUUCUAAAAUUUUGAGGCCAAUGUCCUAACCACUCAUUCACUGUGCAAUUAAAAAAAAAAAAAAAGGUUUGAUAUUAGUAGGCUCUGUCUUUUCUGAUCAUG